AAGAGGAAGAGUAGAGAAAUGAGGCGUGCAGACACGAUGUCGAAGAAUGCACGUUAGAAACAGGGACCCAUGGUCGGUUGUUGUUGGUAAAGUGUAUGUUACAUGGACCCCGUCAUCCAUUUCAUCCAUCCCUUCAUCUCAUAUACUUCAUCGGGAUUUGAGAAAGCAGACCAAGAAGAUUGAAACUUCACUGAUUUAAAGCAGAAAAAAAAAGAAACUCAAAGAGAACUAGAGAAGAGAAUUGCUUUUCCGUUUUUCAUAUUUUCUAGCUAUAUCUGUUCUUGAGAUUUAUCUUAACUGAUUUGUCCUAAUGAUGAAGAAACUUUGUCCAAACUAUGAUAGAGAAGACGGGCUUGAAACAGUUCUUGAAGUUCCGAUACCAGAAGAGAUGCUUACAACAACAAAUGCAAACAAGAACAAUCACCACCACAACAACAACAACAUCACCAAUAUAACGUCAUGGCAGAAUAUGAAGUCGUGGAUGAGGUCUCAUAUCGAUCAUAAGUCAUCAGAUCAAAAUGUAACUUCUCUUUUUGGUGGUAGAAAUGCCGAGCUUCAAAUCUUACUUGGUGUUGUUGGUGCUCCUUUAAUCCCUCUUCCACUUCGUUGUGAUCAAUCUAUCAACCCCAACAUUAGAGAUAGUCCCAAUAUUGAAACCUCCAUGGCGAAAUACAUUGUGCAACAAUAUAUAGCAGCAACAGGAGGAGAUGAUGCACUGAAUGCAAUAGAUAGUAUGUACGCAAUGGGUAAAGUAAGAAUGGUUGCAUCAGAAUUUAGCUCCGGUGAUAAGGGUAAUAAAAACGGCAAUAAAAAUGGCAACAAGGGUAGUGGCCGAAACCACCACGGGAGUGGUGAAGUUGGAGGAUUCGUGUUAUGGCAGAAAAGGCCAGAGUUAUGGUGUUUAGAGCUCGUUCUAUCUGGUUGUAAAAUUAGUGCAGGCAGCGAUGGUAAAGUUGCCUGGAGACAAACUCCAUGGCACCAUUCUCAUGCUUCUCGCGGUCCUCCUCGUCCACUUCGUCGAUCUUUACAGGGACUUGAUCCGAAGUUGACUGCCAAUAUGUUCUCGAACUCAAUUUGUAUAGGCGAAAAGGCGAUAAACGAAGAAGAUUGUUUUGUACUAAAACUCGAAGCAAAACCAAACACUCUCAAAGCAAGAAGUAGCAGCAAUGUAGAGAUCAUUAGACAUACAGUAUGGGGUUACUUCAGCCAAAGAACUGGUCUACUUGUUUCCUUAGAGGACUCACAUCUCCUUAGAAUCAAAGCUACUGGCACUGAAAGUGUCUAUUGGGAAACUACAAUGGAGUCACUGAUACAGGAUUAUCGACACGUAGACGGGAUUAACAUCGCUCAUGCUGGUCGGACGACAGUUUCGUUAUUUAGGUUUGGAGAAAACAAUGAAAGUCAUUCUAAAACAAAGAUGGAAGAAAGUUGGACCAUCGAAGAAAUUGAUUUUAACAUUGUGGGUUUGUCAAUGGAUUGCUUUUUGCCGCCUGCUGAUCUCAGGAAAGAGAUUCAAGAUGGGCGAGACCUUGUUUCGAAAAAUGUACGUGGUGUGCCACUCAAAACUCGAAGCACCCCAAAUCUUGCCAAGGUUGGUUUGUCGAAAGUAGUUGCUGUGAAUGUCGAUGAUUCGUCAGAUUCGUCAGAUUCCACUUCCAUCGACGAUGAUGAAGAGUUUUUGUAAUUAGUGAGAAUUAAAACCCUGGAAAAAAAAACACAGACAUUUUGUAUUGUAUAUAUAUACCUAUGUGUUAACCUUUUUAGUUAGAAUUGUGAAGAGUCUUGAAUUUGAUCAAUGUAUAAAACUAGCCCAAGAGGUUGCCGUUUACCUAGAGUUUAGUUUUUUGUUGGGAUGAGAUUACGCAUACAUAUAUUAAGGCAAGUGGCUUCAUAAUUGAAAUGUUACUAAGUUGGGUACA